CUUCCGCAGCUACGCCCGGCUUAGGAGCUGCUUGGUGAAAUCGGCGCGGCGAGAUCUCUUCGUCUCUCCAGGCCGGGCAGCAGGAGAACAAAACUUAAAACCCGAGUGAAAGUCGCCUCGGCCGCGCGCGAGAAAUGGGAAUUUAAGGGAGGGGGAGGAGGAGGAGGAGGGGAAAGGGGAGACCCAGACGACGCUGGGAAGGAAAACGCUUCCAAUGAGCUCGGGAGGCAGCCCCGCUUUUGUGAGGCAAGGGGGGCGACGGGUGGGCCUGGCUCGAGGUGAAGGGUGAGCCAUGCAGCCUCCUCCAACGAGAACGGCGUCCCGGGCGACCGAGCCAGCCGCUGAAAGCGGGGAAACGGAGGAGUCUUUGCGCUUGAACUACCGGCCAACUUUAUGGGGGCGUCUGAGUUGUGAAAGCUUUUGCCUCGUUUGCCGGACUCUAUCCAGGGUUGUUUGCAGAAGGCAGCAGAGAACGAACGUAUUUAGUUAGGAAACAUUCAGUCCUGGAAGUUUAACUUGGUGGAAUCUACUGGGAAUGUUGCUGCCUGGAUUCGUGCGCGUAGCGGUGGAAUAAUACAGCUAAAAAGGUUUUUGCUGAGUUUAUUCCAGAGAUCUGAAAUUGGUGAUGGGGCAAUGGGCGAAAAAUAGUCCCUCCAAUUUAAUGGUCAUCUUUAUUUUUAACUGAUACAAUAAGUCCAUUGUUCAAAGAUGACCUUUUUCUAAGCCUCUCCUACAAAAGGUCCUGGUUUCUGAGGUUACCCAAGAGGAGAUACUGGCUGUAAGAAGUGCAGACCUCGGACAUAGCAGGAGGGGCAGCAAGUGACUGUCAUUCUACACCACGUCUCACCGGUUGCUUGGAAACCUGCAGUCCAGACUGGAACCAUGGACUCCGCCAGGGCCCCCCACAUGAAGGCCCAGAGCGACGUCAGUGACUACCUCAACUAUGAAAUCAUUAGCAGGCAUUACAACUACACCGGGAAGCUCAAUGAGAAUGCCGAAAGUGGGAUCAAAGCAACAUCGGUGGUCUUCAUCAUUAUCUGCUGUUUCAUCAUCCUCGAGAACAUUUUUGUUCUGCUGACUAUUUGGAAAACCAAGAAAUUCCACAGGCCGAUGUACUACUUUAUUGGUAACUUGGCACUCUCAGAUUUGCUGGCAGGAGUGGCAUACAUCUCUAACAUCCUUCUGUCCGGCUCUACGACUUACACCCUCACACCUGCCCAGUGGUUUCUUAGAGAAGGAAGCAUGUUUGUGGCUUUGUCUGCUUCGGUCUUCAGCCUGCUGGCUAUUGCGAUUGAGCGAUAUAUUACCAUGUUGAAGAUGAAGCUCCAUAAUGGCAGCAAUAGUUUCCGUUCCUUCCUGCUCAUCAGUGCCUGUUGGGUCAUCUCUGUGAUAUUAGGGGGUCUCCCUAUUAUGGGGUGGAACUGCAUCGGCUUCCUGGAGAACUGCUCCACCAUAUUGCCUCUGUAUCAUAAGCAUUAUAUCCUUUUUUGCACCAGUAUAUUUACUGGCCUCUUAUUGGCCAUUGUGAUCCUUUACUGUAGGAUCUACAUCUUAGUAAGGACAAGGAGCCGUAGGCUGACUUUUCGGAAGAAUGUGGCCAAAGCAACCCGGAGUUCAGAGAAGUCACUGGCUCUGUUGAAGACGGUGAUUAUUGUUUUAAGUGUGUUCAUUGUCUGCUGGACUCCCUUGUUCAUUCUUCUGUUGCUGGAUGUGAGAUGCAAAGUCAAGGCUUGUCCCAUCCUCUUCAAGGCUGAAUAUUUCUUAGUACUAGCAGUUCUGAACUCAGCCACCAAUCCGAUCAUCUACACGCUUACUAACAAGGAGAUGAGGAGGGCCUUUUUCAAGAUUGUACGGUGCUGUACGUGUCCCACCACAGACUCUGGGGCCAAAGUCAAGAGGCCCAUCAUUGGAGGGAUAGAAUUCAGCCGAAGCAAAUCUGACAAUUCUUCCCAUCCUCAGAAAGAUGAGGGGGAUCCUCCAGAGACGAUUGUGUCCUCUGGCAAUGUCACCUCAUCGUCUUAGGAGCUUUGGCAAAACGGAGGCCUGAGCCCCUUGAAGGCUGACACGUGGGGGAUAGCUCUGCUUGCUUGUCUCCAGACGGAAGGAGGAGAGUGAGAACGAGUUGGUCUGAAGGGGAAAUGGAGUGCUGAUUGGGGUCCAGCUGUUGGCAUAAGACAACAUGGUGUCCUUUGAAAAUAUUUUCUCUCUGAGAGAAUGUUGAUUUGCCCUGAGGCAACUUAGGGUUGUUAGGGUUGUCAAACUCUAUACAUCUCUGAAAAGUGGACACUUGGAUAAGUAGUGUCUUUGAAUGGGAGUAUGAGUGGGGAAGGAGAGAAAUAUCUUCAAAUUUCCCCCCUCCCCCAGUAAAACUCCUGAACCCCUGAAACAAAGUUCUUGCUGUAGUGGAUUGACAGUCUUCUUCAAUUAACUCCCUUGUCAAGGGAAGAAAAUGUGCUAGUAUAUUCUGAGUAAUAGAAAGAGAACUGGGGUGGGAUUUUAUCUCAAGAGUUGUUCAGGUGCGUGUAUCCCUUUUGGCACUUAAUCAUCAGUGGAAAGUCAAUGGGAAUUAGGUGCCGGAGACUGCUGAGGAACAUAGCCCCCAUACUCCGGAUUGUAGUUGAAUCCUCGAGGAAUUAGUGAGAUUGUGAUACGUGUGAAUUAGACUGGGGCUGUUUGAACUUAAUAGCUGUGUCAUUUGAACCUUUAAAAAAAGCUGACAAAUAUGCUGCUUUCAGUAAUGAGUUGCAUUUUAAUAACUUUAACAGCAGCUUUAUAUGCACAGUUUUAACCAUCAGCCAUGUCCCAUUUCUGCUCAUGGUAAUCAUAAGAAUGUUAAGAAUGGCCCUGCUGGAGACCUUAAUUUCCUUCCAGGCAACUUUGUUGUAUGGCCUCCCCUAUCUUCGUGUAGGAUAUAUAUUUUUCCUUAUUCCUCCUGCCCCCCCAUUGAUCAAACAGCUGAACCCGUGAUGCUUGCAAGCAGGAGAUGGAGCCAUACCCUUCUACUACUUGUUGAUCUGCAAUUAAUAUUUGACGAUAGGCUGUUCUAACCUAUAGCUCUUCAAAUUUAAUAGCUCUUGAUAAAACAAUUCUCCAUGAAUUUAUUCAUUCCUUUUUUAAAACCACUUGAGUUAAUGGCCAUUGCCCUGGCUUAUAAUGAAUUCUAUGAGGUUAAUUAUGUGCUGUGUGACAAAAUACUUCCUUUUGUUUUUCUUCUUCCAAUCAACUUCUUAGCAUGAUUUUUCUGAAUCCCAAUGUUGUUGGGAAGGAUACACAUUUUCCCUGUUUUCUUUCUACACAGCAUAUGAAAUUUCCUAUUUUCUUUUGCUAUGUAAAUUGGUCAUUUGUGGUGGUAAAGUGGUUAGAACGUAGUAUUGCAGGUUAACUCUGCCCACUGCCAGGACUUUGAUCCUGAGUCCCAAGGUUUGCUAUUCAUUUCUCAUAAUCAUCUUCUAAGGAAGAUAUUGAAAGUCAGUCUCUUUUGUUGCCCUCUCCUACAAUUUUUCCAGUUGUGUUACACCUUUUUUGAAAUGUAGCCAGAAGUGUGCACUGCAUUAUAAAUAUGGAUGAACCCUUUGUGUAAGGGCAUUACAAUUGGAUAGUUUUAAUUUAAUCCUUAGCAUGGACUAUUUCUGUCUCAUAUUGCCACACAUUUGGUUAACAACUUUAUUAGUUGUCCGCUGUGAACAUACUUUUUUUUUUCUGGUUAGUUGGAGAUAUGAACAUAUACAUGAUUAAGGGGAGGUUUACCUCAAUGUGCAACAUUUUAUGUAUUGAUUUCUGAUAUAUAGUUUAGGUUGAAAGAUGAAUCACAAAUAUUAAGACUUCUAAGAACGAACAAAGAAAUAAGAUUGGGCCAUUCUGCAACUUCAGCAAAUGUUCACACUUAAAAUCCUUGUAUAAUCAUUAUGUGUCCUUUCAUUUUAAAUGGUGUCCACUGACUGCAAAUCCAUGUCCAUCCAUGGAAAGUAUUACUUGUAUUAAAUGAAUGUAUUUUAUUACAGCAUUAAUUGUUAUUUUGUGUUUGUGUAUGUAUGUGUAUAUUUUAAUUUGAGUCAAUAUAAAAUGUAGAGAUGCUAAUAAGCAUAGAUGCUAUUUUAUAUCUGGACUGGUUGUCUUCAAUUUUAUGAGAAAUUCAUGCUUUAUCCUAACCUGAAGGGAAGUUCCCCAUAUUAAUUACUUGGGACAUACAACUGUCUUUUCCACUUAAGAUCAAUCAGUUGCAAAGGAGGAUAUUGUGGAUUUCUGUACUUAUAAUAGUUGUGUGAAAUAAUGAAUUUCUGAAGGUGCUGCUUAUGGUGAAAUCAGUGAAUGAGUGUCUUUGUGUAUGUGUGAGGGAUGAACCUCCUAAAAUCAUCAGAGGUCAGUUGAAGAAGCUAUGUUUUACAUCUGGGAAGACCCAAAGUUUAAAUUUAAAAAAGAAAGAAAGAAAAUGGCAGCAGUGUCUCCACUGUUAAUCCAUCAAUAUUGCAUUAUUGAGCUUUAUUGUCAUGUGCAAAGUAGCUGCAAUCCACAGAUUAAUGUACAAGUAUUGGCUGAAUUCAUAGGUGGACGUUAGAAAGAAGAUUAUUGGCCCUUUUAGCAUUAUUUUCAGUGCAAUUUUUUUUUAAAAAAAUACGUAAAUUUUUUUUGACUUGGUUGUACAGUAUAGCUUCAUUGACCUUUAAGUAUUAAUAAACUGGAUUUUGUAUAAA